AUGCCACCAAAACUGUCAAAGAGGUCAAAGACGUCGCGGGCGCGGAUAAAGAAGAUUAUGCAGAUGGACGAGGAAGUCGGCAAGCUGGCAUCGGCUACACCGGUCAUGAUCUGUGCGUACGGUCUCUUACUUCUGCUGAUGCCAGCCAAAUCCCUCGAGUGCUUCCUUCAGCUGUUGAUAGACGAAACGGCCAAGGAGACGCGCGAGCGCGGCUCGCGCAAGAUGGUGCCGUACCAUCUCAAGGCAAUGAUCGACAAGUCGGACCAGUUCGACUUCCUUCGCGAGCUCGUCGAGGGCGUGCCCGACCCUGGAGAGAAGGCUGGCCCGGCCAAGCGCAAGGCGUCGACGGCGGACGGCUCUGCGGCGGCCGCAACGCCACGACGAAAGUCUGCCGCUGCCAAGGUCGCCGAGGCGAAGAAGGAGGACGUGCCAGCCCCUGGUACGCUUCCCGCCAUUGGAACGUGGAAGCGCGACGCUAGCGGCGAGGGAGGCACCGGCGAGGGCGGCAAGGGCAUGUUUGACGACUACGACGACGACUACGAUGACUACUAG